AGGGCGGCGACUAAAUAUUAAUCAGAUCACGGCUUGGUGCCCGACUGUCUUGACGGCACUCAGAUCGCGCAAACUCAUUUCUUACACUUGCAUUCACACCACCAUCGCCAUGGCCACUGUGCAAGAGAUCCCCGACGAGACGGCGUUCCAGUCGACCAUUUCCGCCCUCCCCGCUUCCACACUCGCAGUCAUCUACUUCCACGCACCAUGGGCCAAGCCAUGCGAGCAAAUGUCCGUCGUCCUCAAGACGCUCGCAAGCACAUAUCCCGCCGACGCGCCGAUAUCCUUCUUCUCCCUCAAUGCCGAGGAACUGCCAGAAGUCUCAGAGGCAUACGAUGUGACCGCAGUCCCGUACAUUGUUCUACAAAAGGGUGGCAAGGUCAUGGAAACGGUUUCCGGCUCGGACGCUUCAAAAGUGCGCGCAGCUGUCGAGAAGUACGCUGGAGCGGGCAGCGGCCAGUCAACUCUACCUCCUGCGCAAACUGUCACACGACCGCAGGAGAGUAGCGACAGCGCCGGAAAGAACCUUGCGGGCUACACACCGAGCGCACAGGACCCCAAGACCGCACCCGAACAUACUGCAGGCGAGCAGCAGACAAGCAAGGAGGAGCUACACCAAAGACUAUCAGAGCUCGUCAAGGCAGCACCCGUUAUGCUCUUCAUGAAGGGUACACCGAGCGCGCCGCAGUGUGGCUUUAGCCGGCAAACAGUGAGCAUUCUUCGUGAAAAGAGCAUCCGAUACGGCUUCUUUAACAUUUUGGCCGACGACGAGGUCAGGCAGGGCUUGAAGGAGUUUGCCGACUGGCCCACAUUCCCUCAAUUGUGGGCCGAGGGUGAGCUAGUGGGUGGUCUUGAUAUCGUUAAGGAAGAAUUCGAAAAUGACCCUCAGUUCCUUUCCCAGUACUCGGCCAAUGCGCCCAAGACGGCUGCUUAGAAGAGUUUAGAGGGGCAUACGCAUGGCAAAGAGCUUACCACGUGGUAUAUGUUGUUCAAGACACGGCUCGGGGGUAAUGAUGACUGGUCGCACGAUCCGAGUGUUGGAGCGGCUUUCGGCUGUGUUAUUGGGUGGUAACCGGCAAAGCUGAUGCGACUCUGGUCAUUUGUGCCAUGAUGGGUUUUCAGUGUAGAAUAGCGAAUUCGCUAUCAAAAAGGAAUCACAUGAUGGAGGCUUCUCAAUACUAUUGCAUUUG